UAAAAUGUUAAAUUAAAACGAAAAUGCUGUAGUAAAAUGAUUUUAAAAACAAAAAAAAGAGUACAAUGUUCCGAAAUAGAUUUUUUAACGUACUUAAAUCCGUACGAUAUAUUCAUAGAAAGAUAAACUUUAAAGUGCGAAACAUAACCCCUAUACCAGUUACUUUAUGUAUUGGAUUGAUUGCAACCGCAAAAUGUGAAGAGGAGACUGAAAUCAAGUUGCCAUGGGAUGCUGAGACACUAGAACACGAGUUCCUUAUUCGCCAAGCGACGACUGUUAACGUAAACGCCGCUACACAACUACUAACUGUAACCAUAGUUGCUAUUCAGGAUACUAGUGAAAGAUUAAGAGAAGCAUUGUCCAAAGAGAUAUGUUUGGUUCAACAAGCAAUGGAGUGGGGUGAGGAGAACACUCCAUCGCAGCACUGGGACCAGCUGGUUGCCGUCCGAGGGUCACUAGCAGAUCUAAAACACAAUCUACGAAUGUUAACAACUUAUAUGGAGUAUGCUGAGAAACUAGCCACUGUUGCUGCAGAAAUAUCCUAUUUAUCAGGAAACACAGUGGCGUCCGAUGCCAUCUGUGAAAGAAUAGACCAUGCCACCAGGACAUGCAACAUGCAGAAAGUUUUAACCCACGAACUACAGCAAGAGAGCUUGGAGAUACAACAGCGGGCUAUCAUAGGAGCACCAAACCUCGAAGACAAACUGAAACACGAAGAAAAGGAUAAGAAAACGACAUAGUCAUAGGUUACACGGUCAAUCUGGCAUCAGUUCAGUACAUCAAUCUGUGAUUGACGCCAGAUUGAUGGCUAAGAAGUACAUAUUUAAAAAAUGAUCAGUCCAUCAAUCCGUGGGUUAGACGUUCAGUUUCGCGUCAAUCUUUACCAGAUUGGCAGAUCAGAUUGAUGAGAAACUGAGCGCGUAACCUACGUCAUAGAAACCUUAUAAAAUUCGUAAAAUAUAUAUAACAAGCUGCAAGCAAUUGGAUUUUUUAGUAAAGAUUUAGCUGCAAAACAUGUUGAAAAAAUUAUUUUACUUGAAAAUACAGGGAAGUAGUUUUGAAAACCAAUGUUUCUUUAUUGCUAACAAUAGUAACUUCCAUGUUCUAUGUAUACAUUUUGUUGUUGAAUUAAUUUUGAUCAGAAACGAACUAAUAAAGUGAUACUAGGUUCAUAAGUAA